GGCAUGAGCAGUGCCACUUUGCCGCCGCCUGCGCCGUCCGCGGCGCUUCUAGACGACCCAGAGGAGCUUUCCAAGUACCUCAAGACGAAGAUCCGCACGAUCCCCGACUUCCCAAGACCGGGCGCGGACUUUUGGGAUGUGUCGACGUUGUUGCUCGACUACGAAGCGUUCCAAGUCACGAUCGACGCAUUUUCAAAGCGAUACAAGGACGAACGCAUCACCCACGUCGUCAGUGUCGAGUCCCGAGGAUUCAUGUUUGGCGCUCCAGUCGCGCUAGCAUUGAAAUGUGCAUUUGUGCCCGUUCGACGUGCACGCAAGUUGCCUGGACAUAUCAUCGGCAUCGACUACACGUCGGGGUAUUACCACGGUCGGUAUGAAGUCCACGACGACGCGAUUCCACGAGGCAGUCGUGUGGUCAUCAUCGACGACUUGGUGGCGACGGGGAACACGUUGCUCGUAACAUGUCAGUUGAUGAAGCAACUUGGUGCGGAAGUCGUCGAGUGCGGCUGUGUCGUGUCGUCGGUCUCCAGAGUUCGUCGCAACUCGGGUGCGACACAGAUCCACUUCCAUCAACCCGUGCACAAGGUGAAAGUGGACGGACCAAAUGUGUUUAGCCUUACCUCGUACGAACACUAAUGCAAGAGUCGCCAUGGUCACCUGCUAGAACACACCUCACCGCAUUCACACCGUUUAUAUCGCGAAUCUAAACUGUGCUUUGCAACGAGGGUGCCACCAAGUGAUGCCCCACUUGGUGGAGCUUAGCUUACUGUUAAGACUAAAGGGUAUCACUGGUUCAGCCUGCAGAACUUUG